UCGGAUUGCAGCGCGCUCUCGGAGGCUCAGGGAUUGUGUGGAGCCCGGGAGCCUGUCAAACAGUCUGGUUACUAUUCCUCCGCCUCCCUCUAGGACAGCUUCCGAACCCAGCUGGGACGCACAGAGUGAAAAUGGUCCACCAUUCAGGCUCGAUUCAGUCCUUUAAACAGCAAAAAGGUAUGAAUAUAAGCAAGAGUGAGAUAACAAAAGAAACUUCGUUAAAACCGUCCCGGAGAUCCCUCCCUUGCCUUGCCCAGAGCUAUGCCUACUCAAAGAGUUUGAGCCAAUCCACCUCUCUCUUCCAGUCAACGGAGAGUGAAUCUCAGGCUCCCACUUCUGUGACCUUAAUCUCCGCUGACAAAGCAGAGCAAGUUAAUGCUGAGGAGGAUAACAAAGACUCUGUGCUCAAAUGCUCUUUCGCUGACCUCAGUGACUUUUGCUUGGCCCUAGGAAAAGAUAAGGAUUACAUGGAUGAAUCAGAACAUGCUAAUUAUGACCGAUCUCGGCUUAUUAAAGACUCUGUUCCCAAAGAUAAUUCUGAAUCCAAGGCAAAAUUGUCUAAGAAUGACAUGAAUUACAUAGCAUCCAGUGGACUUCUAUUCAAAGAUGGCAAAAAACGGAUUGAUUACAUCCUGGUGUAUAGAAAGUCAAAUAUACAAUAUGACAAAAGAAACACAUUUGAAAAGAACCUCAGAGCCGAAGGCCUGAUGUUGGAAAAGGAGCCAGCUGUUUCAAACCCUGAUAUCAUGUUUAUUAAAAUUCAUAUUCCAUGGGACACGCUGUGCAAGUAUGCAGAGAGGCUGAAUAUCAGGAUGCCCUUCAGGAAAAAAUGCUAUUACACUGACCGGAGCAGCAAAUCAAUGGGCAGUGUGCAAAAUUAUUUUAGAAGGAUAAAAAAAUGGAUGUCCCAAAACCCAAUGGUUCUUGACAAGUCAGCUUUUCCACACCUGGAGGAAUCAGACUGCUAUACAGGCCCCUUCAGCCGUGCACGGAUUCACCACUUCAUAAUAAACAAUAAGGACACAUUCUUCAGUAAUGCUACUCGAAGCAGGAUAGUCUAUCACAUGCUACAGCACACCAAAUAUGAAAAUGGAAUAUCAAAAGUGGGUAUCUGUAAACUUAUAAAUAAUGGCUCAUAUAUAGCAGCUUUUCCUCCACAUGAGGGAGCCUACAAGAGUAGCCAACCCAUCAAGACGCAUGGACCUCAGAAUAAUAGGCAUCUAUUAUAUGAGCGCUGGGCACGCUGGGGAAUGUGGUAUAAGCAUCAGCCCUUGGAUUUAAUCAGGCUAUACUUUGGUGAGAAGAUUGGGCUGUACUUUGCUUGGCUGGGAUGGUAUACUGGAAUGCUGAUUCCUGCAGCACUUGUUGGCUUGUGUGUUUUUUUCUAUGGGAUAUUUACAAUGAAUGCAAGUCAAGUAAGCCAAGAAAUUUGCAAGGCCACUGAAGUCUUCAUGUGCCCUCUCUGUGACAAGAACUGCUCACUGCAGAGACUCAAUGAAAGCUGUAUCUAUGCCAAGGUGACAUAUUUGUUUGAUAAUGGAGGAACGGUCUUCUUUGCUAUUUUUAUGGCAAUAUGGGCCACCGUCUUCUUGGAAUUUUGGAAAAGAAGAAGAAGUACACUGACCUAUACUUGGGACCUUAUUGAAUGGGAAGAAGAGGAGGAAACACUUCGUCCCCAGUUUGAAGCCAAGUAUUAUAAGAUGGAGAGAGUGAAUCCCAUUAGUGGGAAACCUGAGCCACAUCAGCCUUCCUCAGACAAAGUCACUCGUCUUCUUGUUUCUAUCUCAGGAAUAUUCUUCAUGAUUUCUUUGGUGAUCACUGCAGUGUUUGCUGUUGUCGUGUAUCGCCUGGUUGUCAUGGAACAGUUUGCAUCAUUCAAGUGGAAUUUCAUCAAACAACACUGGCAAUUUGCAACAUCAGCUGCUGCUGUCUGUAUCAAUUUUGUAAUCAUUAUGGCACUGAAUCUUGCUUAUGAAAAAAUUGCUUACCUUCUCACCAACUUAGAAUAUCCUCGAACAGAAUCUGAGUGGGAAAACAGCUUUGCUUUGAAGAUGUUCCUUUUCCAGUUUGUUAAUUUAAAUAGUUCUAUCUUCUAUAUUGCUUUCUUUUUGGGGAGAUUUGUAGGCCACCCAGGAAAUUACAAUAAACUUUUUAACCGGUGGAGACUGGAGGAAUGUCAUCCCAGUGGCUGUUUGAUAGACCUCUGCCUCCAGAUGGGAGUGAUCAUGUUUUUGAAGCAAAUAUGGAACAACUUCAUGGAACUAGGAUACCCGUUGAUCCAGAACUGGUGGUCACGACAUAAAAUCAAGCGAGGAGUACAAGAUGCUUCCAUACCUCAGUGGGAAAAUGAUUGGAAUCUGCAGCCCAUGAAUAUUCAUGGACUUAUGGAUGAGUAUUUAGAAAUGGUUUUGCAGUUUGGUUUUACCACAAUCUUUGUUGCGGCUUUUCCUCUGGCCCCUCUUUUGGCCUUAUUAAACAAUAUCAUUGAGAUCAGGCUGGAUGCCUACAAAUUUGUCACCCAGUGGCGGAGGCCUCUGCCGGCUCGAGCAACUGACAUAGGUAUCUGGUAUGGAAUUCUUGAAGGAAUUGGUAUAUUGGCUGUUAUCACCAAUGCGUUUGUAAUUGCUAUUACAUCUGAUUACAUCCCACGUUUUGUCUAUGAAUACAAAUAUGGCCCCUGUGCAAGUCGUUUUGAAUAUGGUGAAAAUUGUUUAAAGGGAUAUGUCAACAACAGCCUAUCCUUCUUUGACCUGAGUGAGCUUGGUGUGGGAAAAUCUGGUUAUUGCAGGUACCGGGACUACAGAGGUCCCCCGUGGAGUUCUAAACCCUAUGAGUUCACCUUACAAUACUGGCAUAUCCUCGCUGCACGAUUGGCCUUCAUUAUUGUGUUUGAGCACCUUGUUUUUGGGAUCAAGUCAUUCAUCGCAUACCUGAUUCCGGAUGUACCAAAGAACCUGUAUGACCGAAUACGACGGGAGAAGUACUUGGUCCAAGAGAUGAUGUAUGAGGCUGAACUAGAACAUUUGCAACAACAACGGAGAAAAAGUGGUCAUCCUGUUCACCAUGAAUGGCCUUAGUUAAUACCUGAGGGGCAGUACCAAUGGUGGGAAUGAUAGCAACCUUAAAUUCUAGGGGGGAUCCAGGAGGAAGGCAUACCUGGCAAACCAUAUAUAUGAUAUGUUACUUGGAAAUGCAUCACAGCCAUCUCUGAGAUUUGGAAUAUCCAGGCUUCUAGGGAAGAAAAAAAAUGACUCAUGACAUCUAAAUGGUUAGAUUGACGUUGCAGGAAGCCGGGAUCUAAUUCUCAGAACCAGCCUCAGGGAGUUGUGUGUUUGGAGACCUCUACCUUCCGUCAGCUGCAGUGUGAUAGGAAGGGUGAUGGUGAGGUUUCUAGCAACAGUUUUCCAUGUAAACGUUCAUAAGCCAGGCAUGCUUACAGUAUCACCUGCUCUUCAGUCACAUACUAAUCUGACUUUGGAAACUUAGGUGAGUUGAGAUACUUACAAGAAAUGACUUACAUCAGUUAUUGCCUUUGCUGCCAGAAUUCCAUGUCCCUUCAGCUUACAAGUUUGGGGAAUUUUUUUUUCUGAGUUUAUGGAUCUGUGCUACAAGGAAUUUAUGCUGCUUUACAUUGACUAUGCAGUCGAAGAGUUGCACACCUUUAGUAGUCAAACCAAAAAUCUAAGAUUCUAAAAAGAAUAUCAUUCACUGAAACAUACUCUAUAGCAUUGGCCACAUUCAAAUGUGUUGUAUCACUGACAGAACAAGUUUCACUGCCUUUUUUUUUUUAAAUUAAAUUUCAGUAGAGCCACAUACUUAUAAAAUAUGGGUGUUUAUUCUCAUAUCAUUUAGAAUAUCACUCAUCCAUAUUUUACCGUGGAGGGCUGUUUUAUAGUAUGUUUAAUUUUUUCCUCCCUAGUUUAUUAUAACAACUCUCACAGAAUAACAGAAUAACUUGAAAUGCUGUAAAUAUGUUAGUUUUCCUUGUAUUUUUGCACCUUGGCAAUAUGUAAUGCAAGUUACAUUUUGUGCAGCUCUGAGAUCAGUUACAUGGUAUGCCAUCGUGACUUAUUUAUUCAGGAAAUCAGAAGCCAAAUGCUUUGCAACACAUUAAGCUUUUCUAACAAUGUGCACUUUUGUUCAUGAGCUAAUGAAAACAAUGCAUGAAUAUAAAUUUAUAUUAUUUGUAAAUAUACACACAUGUAUUUUUUGUUUUAUUUCCUUUUCAUCAGUAAAGGGAGUUAUCUGUUACUGUUUCUUUGAUAGAUUGAUUUGGUUGAUUUUUGAAGACUCUCUAAAACCAAGAUCAAAUCAACAAUGACAGACAUGGUUUUGCUUUGUUGUGGAGUUGCUAUUUCGGUGUCAACUCUGUGUUAUUGUUCACAGGCAGAUGCAAUGGGAAUGAUGAAACCUCAAGUAACAAAAGUCUGGCGGAGGCGUAAGCUCUGGGAGCAGGUGGGGAAGAAAGAGGAGAGUUGAAGUAAGGGAAUGUGUGGGAGAAAUCAAGACACCUUUCCUUGCGAAAAAAAUCAAAACUGAUGUCAGUUUUCCUCCCCUGGGAAUGGGGUGGCGAAUUACAUACUCACACAUUUAUAUACAUAUAUAUAGUGAUAUAUAUGUAUUGUGUGAUUAUUAUUUGUCCAAUUAGGGUUUUUUUCCAAUUAAAAAUUUUCCAAUUUUUUCCCAAUAAAAUUUUCCAGUUUUUUCCGAUUGCUUUCCAAAUAAAGCAUGGUUGUUUCCAAAAUGUAUAAAGACCAGAUUAAAGACAAUGGAAAUAAAGCUGCUUUGUAUAUAUGCUAGAGUAUCUCUAGUAAGAAAAUUAUAAAGUUUCUCUUACUGGAAAACUAUUUGCUAUCAUUCUAACCCUGAAAAUGUUUUUUUGUUUUUUGGUUUUUUUUUUUUUACUUCUUCUUCUUUUAUUCCAGGAAAAAGCUGACAGAUUAUAGUUGUUCGUUGGUUUGUUCUUGUAAAAAUGAACACUUCCCCACUUGCCCUCUGAUUCUGGGCAAAAGGAAAGACCCCAGACUCUAAACUUCCCUCCCAAGCCCUUGUUGCCAAGGACUCUUACAUUCAGAUUCCUCGGAGGUUCUGUUUCUGCCACCUGCUAGUCAUAACAACUAGUUCCACUAACUGCACAAAGGAGUUUUCAACUCCUCCAUGUUUGUAGUAUCUGCAGCAUUUCCUUUUAUUUUGUUAGUUGAACGUAUGCCAUGCCUGAGGAUAAAUGUUCUGUACGCCUAUUGAAGACAUAAAUGAACCUGACAUUUAUGUCUUUCCCAAAUUAGGGACACAAGACAAAAAUAUUUGUCUUACUGUAGAGCAAAGAAUAGUGAUAGUCAUGCCCUUGAGAAUUCUUUCUGCUCUGAGUUAUUUUUAUACUAUCACCAUCAGUGUUUAAAAUCGUAUUGAUUGCCUAAAGAGAAAGAAAACGAAAAGAGAAAGGCAUUUUCAAUAAAAAAUUAUAAUACAUUGAUUUAGGCAUUGCUGCCUUUGGUAAUUUUCGAGACCAAUAGAAAAUGAGAGAAUCACCGAAAAAGUUACCUGAAAUUCUCCUUUUGUGAAACAAUGCAGUAGAACCUAGCUAUGCUUUUAUGGUUGUUGACAGCAAAAUAUUGACAGCCCCUCACAGUAUGUGAGUUUUAAGUCACUCUGCUUUCGUCGAGAGAUAUGUUUUAUAUCAUGGUUUUCAUAGGAAUACAAAUUAUUUCACAAAGAUUUAUAUAGCACACACUAUUCUCAGGAAUUCUGUAUUACAUGAAUGCUGCUUAUCUAUUUUCAUAUUCUAAAUCGUUGUCUUUUCAAGCAAAUGACUAACAUAUAUGUGCAUGCAGUCUGCCUUGACAAGUUGUUCAAAGCUGAAGCACUUUCCCAGUCCAGUGUGUGAAAAAUUUAUCAAGACUAUAGCUGAAAUAGUUUGCAGUUGUCUGAGCCUGUGCACGCACUUUUCGAUAAAAUGCUGCUGAGUGACUGCAUGAUGAAAUACAACUUCUGAACGCUGCACUUUCUUCCAGAAUGGCUGUUAGCACAAUCUGUUUUAGAACGGAAUGGAAAGGAACCUCUUUCACUCAAUAAAUUGUGUGAUACGGUAUUUUUCCUAUAAUUUGCAUGUUAAAUUUAAUCAUGCUUGUUUUUUCACUAUAAGUUGGAGUGUGUUUGGGGAGAAGGGAUUGCUCAUUCUUUAGCUCUAAAGGCAAUAGUUUCCUAUUCUUGCAAGCCCUUGUUACACUCUUAAAAAGUUUUGGCUAUUUGUUCUCUGAUAAGCUCAUUGUCAUCAUCAAGGCAUUUGCACAUGAAAAGUACAGAUGGAAUACCAUACUGAUUCUAAUAAUGCUUUGUUCUAGAAACAGAGGGGAGAGGAAGGUUGAUUUGUUCUUAUGAAAGCAGUAAAUGUUUUUCACACAGAAGCAUUUUCUUUUUUUCACACUUGGAAUGACUCCACAAAUCACCAUCAAAAUCUCCUUAGGAUAGGAAUUUUAGCACAGAUAAAGUUCAUGCCAAGAAAGGAGGACAUACAGGGACAGUGUAGCCAACUGGCAACAAUAGGCUACCAAAUUACCCAUGUUCUCUCAACUUGAUGCUCAAAAUUGAAAAUUUAGGUUGCCGGAAGAGUUGUGUAACUAAUAUGGUUGAGCUGAUAAGUUUGUCAAUUGGAGGCAGGUAACCAUAGGCCCAGGGUAUGGUGUGUGUGCUUGUGUGUGUGUUUGUGUGUGUGGGGGGGGAGGGGGGGGUGCACGUAUGCAUACUUACUCUCUGAGAUAUGCCCAACUCAGUCCUACUAUGGUUAUAAGGUAUUUCCACUACAUUUUCCCCCAAAUCACUAUAACAGGUUUUAGGAAUAAUUGUAGAUUUCAUCCAGAGAAUAAGUCAUCAUCUUAUUCUUUCUGGUAUUUUCAGUCACUUAGGAGAGAACGUUUUAGGAAUGGCCUAAAAAACCCGGCUUUUGAUAGAAAUGUGUGAAUUUCUCUACAGGCAUUGCUAUUCAAAUUGAAAUGUGCCAAGAGUUGUCUAACUGGAAGAUUGAGUUAGCUUUAGCUAGAAUCAUUGGUCAGACUAGGUUCCUACUACCUAAGAUGUAUGCAUUUGCAAUGGUGAUGUCUUCAAUGGAACUUGCCAUCUGGAUUCAUCUGAAAAACUACAUCCACAACCACAUUUGAUGGUUUUCUUUCCAGAAAACACAAGUAUUAUAGCCACUAUGUUCUAGCAACAUCCACAUUAAGGCAUCUUUUUUUCAGGAAAGGAAAAUGAAAGCAGAUACGUUGAUAAAAAAGAGACUCAUUUAGGAUAAAAUCCAAUUUCUUGUAUAAUCAAAAUCUACUCUUGGGGAGAAGCAGCUUAUCCAUCGAAUCUCACUGUUUUAUAUGAUGAUCCCACUUUGUGCCCCAGCAGGAUUCUCCCUAAAUAAAACUGGUUCUAAAUCCAGCUGGCUCCAAGUGAGUCUCGAGUACACGAGAGAGUAAACUGUGUGGAUGCUGUGUUACAUCUUUCUUUAAGAAAGAAGGGGGCAAAAUUUCCAGACAUAUGCCUAUAUUGACUUCCUCAGAAUAUUUAUUUCCAUCUUAAUUCUCUCUGUGUGUGGAAAAAGCAGUUUCUCUGCUUUCCGUUUUUCAGAAGGGAAAACUUCCUAAAUUAUUAGUUGAAAAACAAAAUUUAAUGAUACCUAUUAAAUAGUCCCCACAAAAUAUAACUGUUAUAUAUAUGGAUGGCUAACCCCAUGUGGUAUUCACACUGCCUCAAAUGCUUUAUAAUUAUUUUGUCGGUGUCCAUGCCACUCAACAUUACCAGGUGAAUAUAGUCAGCCUAAUUUAUUUUUUAAAUGAUUAUUUUUUUAAAUAAUCUCUA